GGCAAUAACAUACAUAUCUUUAUAUUUAAAAAAAAUUGCGAUACCUUUUGUAUUACUUUAAAAUGAAUACUCAAGCAGUGUUGUCAUUACUAACAAUAUUUUUAUGUCUUCUUCAUUUAUACUUAGCAAAUGACGAGUGUGUCUCAAAGGACUUUGGUUAUGGCAGUACGGUCUGUGUGUGCAACAAAAGCACAUGCCACAGUGUGCCCCCUUUGCAAAAACCCAAAAAGGGACAAUAUGUCAUCUACACGUCGAACAAGGAAGGACUGAGGUUGCACAAAGGCGUCGGAAACUUAGUGGCCAGCAGUACAAACUACAAAGAAAAAAAUGUGCUGAAAAUCGACGAGGAUGUUCUACUUCAGGAAAUGAAGGGAUUUGGGGGGGCCUUCACCGACGCCAAUGGAAUUAAUUUAGCCAGUUUGACAAAGGAUAUGCAGGAAAAGCUUAUAAAAUCAUAUUUCACCGAGGACGGCAUUCAAUACAGCCUAUGCAGAAUUCCAAUUGGUGGAACCGACUUUUCCACACAUGCUUAUUCUUAUUGCGACACUGAAGAACCAGACAAAAAAUUAACGCACUUCAAACUGGCCGAAGAGGACCAUAAAUACAAAAUUCCUUACGCACUUUGGGCCAAAAACCUAACCCAAGAUCUAAAAUUCUUUGCGUCCGCUUGGACAGCACCAAAAUGGAUGAAAAUCAAUGGAAACUACAGUGGCCCGAUGGGUUUUUUGAAAUAUGAAUUCUACCAGACGUGGGCCGAAUACCAUCUUAAAUUUUUGGAGGCCUACGAACGCGAAGGUAUUGACUUUUGGGGCAUGACCACAGGAAAUGAACCUGUGCAAGCCCUGAGUACUUCUAAAAUUAACUCUGUGGCUUGGCUUCCAUGGCAAAUGCUAAAUUAUGUCAAAAACAACCUGGGCCCAACAAUAAAACAUUCAAAAUUCUCAAAAAUACACCUAAUGAUGCUGGAUGAUAUGAGAUUCUUUCUGCCCUGGUACACAAAUUGGGUUAUGAAGGAUAAAAAAGCCAGAAAAUAUUUGGACGGUAUAGCAGUACAUUGGUAUUUUGACGAUCAAUUUUCACCAAAUUUAUUAAAUAAAGCCCACAACUCGCACCCCGAUAAGUUUAUUAUUAAUACUGAAGCAUGUAACGGAGAUCAAACAGGAGAUAUCCAUGUUAUGCUAGGAUCGUGGGAAAGAGGGGAAAAAUAUGGAAGCAGUAUUAUAGAGGACACAAACCACUGGGUAACAGGUUGGAUAGAUUGGAACAUGUGCUUGGACAUACAAGGGGGGCCAACCUACAUUGACAACAAUGUUGACUCCCCCAUCAUAGUCAACGCAACCGCAAACGAGUUCUACAAACAGCCAAUGUAUUACGUUUUGGGACACUUUUCCAAAUUUAUACCAAUCGGAUCUCACAAAAUCAACUCAACGCAAAUCGACAACAAAAAUGUCCCUGUUGCCACAUUUAAAAGGCCGGACGGCGGGGUUGUCACUAUCAUAUUGAAUAAAAAAGAGGUAAAUGUGGACUUGGUGCUAAUAAACAACAAAAAAGGUGAUGUUCCACUGACUGUUUCGCCAAAAUCCAUUACGACAGUGGUGUACUACAAUUGAUUUUGCCUUUAAUUUAAAAUAAAAAGAAAAAAUUUUGAAAAUCUUACAACAAUAAAUUAAUUUAUUAAUUAAUAAAAUAGUUUCUUUGAGAUUUUUCCAAUUUUGUUAAUUUUCC